AUGCUGUUUUCUUCCGUCGUUGCGAUUCUACCUCUCCUAUUCACUCAAGUAAUUGCAAUUUACCUAAGAGAUUCAGCUGUAAGUUACAGUAAUCUUAAUUCCUUCAUUGCCUCCGAAAGAAAGAUUGCAUUACAAGGUGUUCUCAACAAUAUUGGACCAGAUGGAUCGAAAGUAUCAGGAGCAGGCAAUUAUGUCGUAGCAAGUCCUUCCAAGGCCAAUCCGGACUAUUUUUAUACCUGGACACGAGACUCCGCUUUAACUUUGAAAAUGGUCGUUGAUGAAUUCAUUUUUGGCAAUCGUGCUCUUCAACCUCAGAUUGAGAAAUAUGUUAAAGCUCAAGCUAUCCUUCAAACCGUUACAAAUCCUUCCGGCACCUUUCUUCCAAAUGGUCUUGGCCUUGGUGAACCAAAAUAUCAAGUUGAUGGUGCCCGAUUUAAUGGUGCAUGGGGUAGACCACAACGUGAUGGUCCAGCUCUUCGUGCUAUUGCUUUGGUGGCUUAUAGCAAUUGGUUGAUAAGUCACAAUCAAUUUCAAAGAGCUAAGUUGGUGAUAUGGCCUAUUAUCUCAAAUGAUUUAUCAUACAUUGGCCAAUAUUGGAAUGAAACCGGCUACGAUCUAUGGGAAGAAACUCUCGGCUCAAGUUUCUUCACCAUACAAAAUCAACAUCGUGCUUUUAUUGAAGGUCAAACUUUGGCUAAUCGACUCGGAGUAGAAUGUACGGGAUGUCUUAAUGCACCGGAAGUCCUUUGUUUUCUGUCUCAAAGUUUUUGGAAUGGAGAAUAUAUCAUUUCGAAUAUCAAUGUCGAUAAUGGAAGGACUGGAUUGGAUGGAAACUCUAUUCUAGGAUCGAUCUCAGUGUUCGAUAUUGAUGGAUCUUGUGAUAGUCCAAACUUACAACCUUGUAGUAGUGAAGCGCUGUCCAAUUUUAGGGCUGUCGUGAAUAGUUUUCGAGGUAUAUAUGGUAUCAAUGCUGGCAUUAGGAAUAAUUCAGGUAUCGCCGUUGGAAGGUAUGCUGAGGAUAUUUAUCAAGGAGGAAAUCCAUGGUACUUAAUCACCACUGCUGCGGCAGAGUUCCUCUAUGAUGCUGUUGCACAAUGGAAGAAUCACAAGACCCUCACUGUUGACUCAACCUCUAUUAACUUCUUCCGCGAUCUUUACCCAACCAUCAAACUCAAAAUUUACACGAACAAAGAUAACGAAUUUACCAAAAUCACAAACGCCAUAACAACAUACGCCGAUUCUUUCGUCACAAUCGCCCAAAAGUAUACACCUAGUAAUGGAUCUCUAGCCGAACAAUUCGAUCACAAUACCGGGAAACCCAUCUCUGCCAAUGACCUAACGUGGAGUUAUGCAGCAUUUGUCACCAUGGCCCAAAGACGUUCUGGUCAGUAUCCCGCUAGUUGGGGAAGUUCAGCAGCAUCUAUCCCACCACCAAAUUGCGCACCUUCCUCAAGCCAAGGUGUAUACAUCCCUGCCAUAGCAGCUGGCGCCCCAAACGUAACGGCAACUUGUCAAUUUGCAGUACAAUUCAACGUCAACGCCACAACAUAUUACGGAGAAAAUAUAUAUGUUAUUGGCAAUACCACAGAUUUGGGUUCAUGGGAUUUGAAUAAUGCAUUACCGAUGAAUGCAGGGAAGUAUACGACCGAGUGGCCAUUGUGGUAUGUAAAUACGGAGUUGACGGCGGGGGAAACAAUUAGUUAUGCGUAUGUUAGAGAAGAGGAUUACGGACAUGGUACGAUUUAUGAGAGUAGGAAUAGGACAUUAGUGAUUCCUGAGUGUGGGACUGGGGGAUUGAAAAUUACGCGUGAUGCGUGGGCGGGGAGUGCGGGGAGUAGUGGGGGUUGUUGA